AAAAAAUAUAAACAAAAUGAAGGUAACGACGUUUAUUUUCGUACUAUUUGCCACAAUAUGCGCGAUAUUUGCAUAUGUACCACCAAAGUAUGUACCACCGCUACAACGACAUCCGUUUCCAACAUUCCCUGGUCACGGACCAUUCAAUCCGAAAAUUAAAUGGCCAUUCCGUUUAAGACCUGGCAGAGAAGUUUGAGAAAUUUGCAGUUAUACGAACUAUUAUGUGCAUCAUGUUAUAAAUCUGCAACGUAACGACAAUUAAGUAUUAUCAAUAAUUAUACACCGAAAUAAAUUGUAUGCUGA